GCACUGGUACUGUCCUUGUGGGCUGAGCAGAAACUGGUGUUCUCAAACCUGGCAUGGUGGUCACCUUUGCUCCAGUCAAUGUUACAACUGAAGUAAAGUCUUUUGAAAUACACCAUGAAGCUUUGAGUGAAGCUCUUCCUGGGGACAAUGUGGGCUUCAAUGUCAAGAAUGUGUCCUUCAAAGAUGUUUGUCGUGGCAAUGUGGCUGGUGGUGACAGCAAAAAUGACCCACCAAUGGAAGCUGCUGGCUUCACAGCUCAGGUGAUUAUCCUCAACCAUCCAGGCCGAAUCAGUGCUGGAUAUGCACCUGUUCUGGAUUGUCACACAGCUCAUAUUGCUUGCAAAUUUGCUGAGCUAAAGGGAAAAGAUUGAUCGUCACUCUGGGAAAAAGCUGGAAGAUGGCCCAAAGUUUUUGAAAUCUGGUGAUGCUGCCAUUGUUGAUAUGGUUCCUGGCAAGCCCAUGUAUGUUGAGAG